AUGCACUCUCCUUUUUUAUUAGUAAUCUCAAUCGUAUUACUCGCAUUCCAUCAAGCUUGCUUAGCUCUACCUACCACUAAAAAGGCCAAUGACACUUCUUCUGCUGCUACCUCUUCAACAUCUAUCAAAAAGGGCAAGUAUUUCGACCGUGUCGUCAUUAUCGUUAUGGAAAAUCAAGACUAUGAUGUGGCCUACAAGGACAAAUUUUUGCAAGGAUUGAACAAGGAAUAUGGAAACGGAAUUAUGUUGACAAACUACCUUGCUACAACACACCCCUCUCAGCCCAAUUAUAUUGCCAUGAUUAGCGGAUCUACCAAAGGCACCAAAGAAGACGAUGAGUCCAAUAUUGAUCGAAAGAACAUUGUAGAUCUCUUGGAGGCUAAAGACAUCACUUGGAAGACCUAUCAAGAGGAUUAUCCUGGUAACUGUAACAAGAAGAUGGAUAUCGAAAAAUACGCUAGAAAGCAUAAUCCUUUCAUGUCCUUCAAGAACAUAUCAGGCAACAAGAAAAGAUGUGCAAACAUUGUCAAUUCUAAGCAGCUAGACAAGGAUAUUGCUAGCAAUAGCGUGCCUCAAUUUGUGUUCUAUACGCCUAAUAUCGACAAUGAUGCGCAUGACACAAACAUGAAAUUCGGUUCGAAUUGGCUCAAAAAGUUCCUCUCUACACGUAUCAAACAAAAGUCCUUCAAUCAGAAUACCAUGUUUGUAGUGACCUUCGAUGAAGAUGAUGGUGCUUCGGACAACAACAAGGUGCUCACGGUUCUUUUUGGUCCUGAUUUCCAUCCUAAAUCAAAAUCAAAUAAGGACAAGACAAAAUACACUCACUAUUCAUUGUUAAAGACAAUCGAGGACAAUUGGGGACUGGGCGAUCUUGGCCAAAACGAUAAAAAGGCAAAUGUCAUCCAGCUGUAA